AUGUGAUAUUUCAAUAAAAAAUGAUUUCAGUUGUUAAUCGAACGAUUAACUCUUUAAGCUCUUUCAUUCAGUUUAAAAUUCAAGCACAACACUUAGAUAAAGCCAUUCCGUGUCAUAACCUACUAGGGCCUAUACAACUCCACGCGGACAACGGUGCUAUUACAAACUUAGAGCAACAUGUAUCCGAAGAUUGCGGAAUCAUACGACGGACAGUCUGUUUUCAUGACUGGAGGCACAGGAUUCCUUGGAAAAGUGCUCUUGGAAAAGUUACUAUACAGCUGUCCCGGAAUCAAUAAAGUAUAUCUGUUAGUAAGAGAAAAGCAAAAUGCCACAGUGCAGCAAAGAAUACAAAAACUUAUAGAGGAACCGCUGUUUGCGAGAUUGAGAGAAGAAAGACCUGAGGCCCUAGAAAAAAUAUCACCGAUCGCGGGUGAUAUUUCGGAACCAAAACUCGCUAUCAAAACUGAAGAUGAACAGCUUCUGGCUGAAGAGGUUUCGAUAGUGUUCCACGUGGCGGCUACGAUAAAGUUCAAUGAACCGCUGGAUGUGGCUAUGAAUGUCAAUGUGGCUGGGACGGGACGCGUGUUAAAUUUGGCCCAAAAAAUGAAAAAUAUUAAGGCUUUCGUCUAUGUGUCUACUGCGUACUCCAAUACUGACAGAAAAAUUGUCGAGGAAGUAAUAUACCCCGCUCCAGCCUCCCUAAAUGAAGUCAAAAAAUUAUUAGAAAUUGGCAUCACAGAGGAACAAGUCAAGGAGCUUAUAAAGGGACGACCAAAUACGUAUACAUUCACUAAAGCUUUGGCAGAAAACCUGGUUGCUGAUAACCACGGAAAUAUUCCCGCAGUCAUCAUUAGACCAUCCAUUGUAACAUCUAGUAAAGUUGAACCUGUAGUCGGCUGGAUAGAUAAUUGGUUCGGAGCGUCGGCGUUAUUGACUACAAUAUCAAAAGGCUUAAACCGAGUCAUACUCUCCGAUUCCGAAAAUUCACUUGACCUUAUACCAGUUGACUAUGUUUCCAAUCUGACCAUAGUAGCUGCUGCGAGAUGCGAAUGCUCCAAAAAUGUAACAGUCUAUAACUGUUGCACGAGUGGGAACAAUCCAAUCAAAAUGGGCCAUCUCGCAAAAUUAAUAAUUGCAGACAGUAAAGAACAUAAAUUUAAUGAUGUUCCAAUGCCAACGAUACAUUUCACACAAUAUAAAUGGGUAUUAAUACUGGUAACACUGCUAUUUCAAACAAUACCAGCGUACAUAGCAGACUUGUUUUUACUACUCACAGGGAAGAAAACAAGGUACACAAAAAUCCAGGCCAAAGUAUUAUUUAUUCGUGAUACAUUGGAAUUUUUCACAUCGAACAACUGGUCUAUACGUGCACCUCAAACUAUUGCUUUGGCGAAUUCUUUGUCAUCGUCUGAUAGAAUUCUCUUCCCUUUCAACCCUACCGAAAUAGUUUGGAAUGAAUACAUCCCUACCUACUGCCAAGGAAUACGACAAUAUUUAUGCAAAAAAUAAUUCAAUAUUUUUCGUGAUUGUCAAUUUUAUAAUAAUUAUAGAAUAUUGAGUUAAUUACGUAACUACGAUCUUAUAUUGUGUUGGAAGUUCGGUUAAAUUAAAAAAAAAUUACGAGGCUUGUGAUAUUAUUUAUAAUUUUUAUUUUUAUCUUUUUUAUUUAUAGGAAAAUAAAUGUUCGAAUUUUGAA